CCGGAAGUGUUCUUGGAUGUUCAACGGACACUGUUCGAGCUGUUUACACGGAUUAAAGAUUAUAAUCUUAUAAAAUAUAUAGUUUAAAACUCUUUAUUGAGAGGCAGACAUGAGUUCAAAACGACCCAAGAACAGAGCGAGCAAUAAAGCCAAGGAGAAGGAUAAAAAGGAUGACACUGAUUUUCCCUCCCCAGACGAGAGUGCAACAGAGUCUGCUCCCCCCGACUAUAUCUUCCCUCUGGUCCUGACCUCCGCCACACAGGAGCUGUUCGGUUGUCGGGCAGACGAGGAUGUAACCGGGGAAAACCCUUACAAGCUGCUGAAGAAAGAAGACAUCAUACAGGACAUGAAGACUCGAGCAGCCGUGUCUGACUUCAGUCCUGUUAAACACACAGUGCUGGAAUAUCCUGAAGAUGAACUUUUGCUGGUGUUUGACAGAGACUUCACAUACGGCCAGAGCUUCUACCUGGUGCUCACAGCAGAGGCCAAAGAGAACAUACUGAAGCCAUCAGUACUACAAGGUGAGGAUGUGGAGGUGAUGGAGCAGGAAGAGGAGGAGGAGGAGAUCAUGCCAAAAACUCCAGAAUCUCAUCCAUGGAUUUCUCUGGGAAGUGAGCAGGAGAUCGAGAAAGAGUCGUUCACAGAUUCCAGACCCAAACUCAGAUAUAAGAUCUCUCGUCUGCUGCGAGACUUCGGCGCUCCGGUGCGUUUCUCUGAUCGCAGCGCUCUGGACGGGAAGGAAGGAUUUGUGGAGUGCCCGUCAUACCAGGACAAGAGCUUCAGUAUCAGAGAGCUGCAGAGACACACGAGCGUUCAGGCCACCAGUAACAUCAAACACUCCUCCACACAGACACUGUGGAAGUGCCCAAAGAACAUGUGUACUCAGUAUGAGCCCAGAGAAUUCAGCGCCGAUGAGAAAGAAAAUCACCUGCAAUCUGAGAAUCUGAAGAAUUUCAUCCAAUCUGUUGUGAUAAGGUUUGAAAUGGCCCUGCAGCAGAAUCACAUCAUGAACGUGUUUUGUGACGACUGGGUGGCGCUGUGUGAAGACGAGAGCGCACUGACGGGAAAAACAGAAACACAGCUGAAGGAAUAUCAGUCGUUCACUGACCUCCACUACAGCAGAGAGAAGACAAUCAGUCACCUCCAGUGGCACCCCACCAUCAGCGGUGUAAUCGCUGUGGCCAUGACAGAGAGAAUGUCUUUUGAGGAACGGAUCGAUAACUCCACUAAACUCAUGUUAAACCCAUCUUACAUUCUCUUCUGGAGCUUCAGUGACCCCAUAAACCCACAGCUGAAGUUGGAAUCUCCUGAAGAUGUUCUGAGCUUCCAGUUCUGUCCAUCAGACCCAAAUAUCAUCGCGGGCGGCUGCUUGAACGGACAGGUAGUAUUAUGGGAUAUCUCUGCACACGUAGAGAGACUGCAGGGCACCCGCAGUGGUGACAAAAACACCAUAAACACACUAGACAAAUCGAAUGAUCCUCCAGUGGUGCGGUAUUGUGCUGUGUCUGGAAUAGAGAAUGGACACAGAUCUCCGAUCACAGAUAUCCAGUGGCUGCCGGAAACCUUUGAGGUGUCCAGAUUAGGGAGUCCAGAGGAAAACACGAGUCAAAUCAGCGCUCAGAUUGUCACAUGUGCUCCUGACUGCUGUGUGAUGUUCUGGGAUCUACGGGCUCCACACGUCACGACUCAGUCUCUGACGGAAACGAAAAAUAAAAAGAAAACGGAGGAAAUGCCCCUAGAAAACCCACACGGCGUCCCAAAUACAUUCAAACACCUCAACCUGACCUGGAAACCUUUUAUACGAGUCUCGUUACCGAAGAUAGGCACUAGCGGUGAAUACAGUCCUCUUAAAUUCAGUUUGAGAGAUAAUACUGUCGACUACCCUAUAGUCUCUACAGCAGAUAAACCUCCACCGAACUCUGAGCGGGAAGAUGGUUCUGGUUUCGGGCAGCUGCCAUCAGGCAAAGAGCAGAAACCUUUAGAACACAUCAGCACUAAACUGUAUGUGGGCACAGAGGACGGAGAACUCGUUUACACCGACUGGAAAAUGGAGAAAGACAACGACUCUGGACGACUGUACAGUGCCAAACCCAGUCACCGCUUCAUCUUGCACGAUACUCUGGUGAACACUGUGAGUCGCUCUCCGUUUUUCAGGGACAUUAUUCUGACGGUUGGCAGCUGGAGUUUUGCCAUCUGGAAGGAAGGGGUCAUGAACGGACCGAUCGUCAUGUCGUCGUGCUCACAGAAGAUGUAUACGGCUGGUCAGUGGUCCCUGUCGCGGCCGGCGGUCUUCUUCAUCGGGAAAGAAGAUGGAAGCAUCGAAGUUUGGGACCUGCUGGAGAAAACACACGAACCGUCACAAACCCAGAACAUCAGCAUCACCCCCAUUACCUGCAUCAAAGCCAGGAGCAUUUCCUCCAAACAGCAUCUUCUGGCGGUAUCAGACGGUCUCGGCAUCCUUCACAUCCUUGAAAUCCCCUGGACCCUGCGCAGAUCCUCCAGCAAUGAGAGGAAGAAUGUGUGGAUGUACUUUGAGAAGGAAGAGGAACGGCUGCUGUACUUCCACCAGCGUAAACUCCAACACGAGAAAGAGAAGGAGAUGGAAGCUGAAGAACUGAGGAAAAUGGAGCCAGUGCUGCCACAGAAACAGGACGAGGAGCUGCAGGCAGACGCUCUGAAGGAAUAUGAACAGUAUUUGAGUCUGGAGACGAUCACUCUGAAAGACACAAACCUGCUGAUGGGAACAGACGACGCAUCAGACCUGUAACACACACGAAAACACAUUAAAAGUUGUAUUUAGUGGGGAAAUUGAUUCUCUCUUCAUUCAGUCUUUGGUUUGAGUGCAUCUUCACUUCCCCUCCACGUUGAAAUCAAAUACGCUGUUAAUUCGCUGACGUUCGCUGAUUAUUCGGUUUCAUCUCUCAUUGCAUAUUCAUUGCUAGGCUCUCUGCGAUUAGCAUCUCAGGCACUACUCUGUCCUGGGACCUCUCUUACCUCUCUGGCCGCCAACACAACAUUUCUAUUCGUCAGUAUAAAUCAAACUCUGCUCUUGUUUCUGAAGGUGUCCCGCAGGGUUCUGUACUAGGUCCUUUGCUCUUCAUCACUGAUAUGCUUCCUCUAGGUCACAUCAUUCGCCAUCGCGGCCUCAACUUUCACUGCUAUGCCCACAAGCUCCCUCUCUGAAUGUAUUAAAGACACUCAUGGAUGAUCAGUAACUUUCUAAAACUCAACACUGAUAAAACUGACGUACUGAUAGUUGGGACCUCCCUGAUCAGUUGACAAAUUGUCUAAACACACACACACAGACACACACACACACACACACACUCACUCACACACUCACUCACACACACACAGACACACACACUCACACUCACACACACACAGACACACACACUUACACACUCUCUCACACACAGACACACACUUACAUACACUCACACUCACUCACACACACACAGACACAUACACUCACACUCACACACACACACACACACACACACACACACAGACACACAUACUCACACACUCUCUCACACACAGACACACACUUACACUCACACACACUCACAGACACACACACAAACACACACACACUCACAGACACACACACACACAGACACACACUCACACACACUCACACACACACACACACACACACACACACUCACACACACACACAAUAAUUGUGUCCUGGUCUGACCCUCCGCUAUUGUUCGUAAUCUUGACAUUAUCAUUGACCCCCACACUCUCUUUCCACGCUCACAUCUGCUCUCUCACGAAAACGACGUAUCAUUGCGUGACUCCGCCCCAUUCUUAGCACCAAAGACAAAAUUAUCCUUACAACAAGCUUGACAUGGUCUUGCCCCCUCAUACAUCACUGAUCUCAUCUACUGCUACACCCCAUCCCGCUCACUCCGGUCAUCUGAUUUGGGACUAUAUAAUCCACGUUGCAAGCUGACCUCACGAGGUGGUGGGGCUCUUUGCACACUUGAUCUAUCAUAUAUUCAUUUCUAAGAUUUCAUGUUUUUAACCUUUGAU